CUGACCCAGAACAGAUAUAAAAACAGAGGCGCUGAGGAGUGGAGCCACCAUCAGGGGAAGACUCACUCCCAGGGUCUGUAGGAGGCAGCACGGUCCCCACCCACAUGAAGCUGCUGUCGCUGUGUCUGGGGCUGACUCUAGUCUGUGCCUGGAGAGAAAGAAACGAUGUUGUGGAAAGUAACUUUGACAUUUCAAAGAUUUCGGGGGACUGGUACUCCAUUCUCUUGGCCUCAGACUUCAAGGGAAAGAUAGAAGAAAAUGGUAGCUUUAGAAUCUCCAUGGAGCACAUCAGUGCCUGUGACAACUCUUCUCUGGCCUUGAAACUUCAUACAAAGGUAAAUGGAGAGUGUACUGAAAUUUCUUUGAUUUGUGACAAAGCAGAAGAGGAUGAUGUAUAUACACUUACCUAUGAUGGAUACAAUAUAUUUUGCAUCCUUGAAGUGGACUAUGAUAAGUAUAUUAUUUUUUAUCUCGUGAAUGUCAGCAACAAUGGAACAUUCCACGUGCUGAAACUCAGUGCCCGAGAACGAGAUGUGACUGCAAUGCUUAAGAGAAAGUUUGUGAGAAUUUGCCAAAAAUACGGAAUUGUUGAGGAAAAUAUAGUUGACCUGACCAAAGUCGAUCACUGUCUCCAGGCCCGAGAGAGUGCAGCUGACCAGGCCUCCAGCGCCUAGUGAAUGACUUCUCACUUGGGCUCCAGGAGCUUCUCUUCCAUGGGUCCCACGUUGUCCUGUGGCAAGUUCUGUGACCUGAUUUCCAUCCCUGUCGCACAUGAAGACAUUAUCUCUACAUCUUCAGGAUCUUCCCUAAUCAUCCGGGAAGACUCAUUAGCUCACCAAGAAUCAAAGGUUUUUCUCCAAAUUUCUGGCUUGCUUUAUCAUACCCGGGACAAUGCUACUGUGAAUGAGACUGUCCUCCACCUGAUCAAUAAAUGAUUCACCUUGCA